UGACUGUGGGCCUGGUGAGACUCGGCAAUCAUCGUCAUUUGUCGUAAAAUCAGAUACGCUUAAGGAUGGAGGAAGUAGCACGAAAGCUUUUGGAAGAAGGGAUAGUAAAGAAACUUAUCAGCCCAGGCAAAGGAGAGCUACCUGGAUUUCCAAAUGGGACCAAGGUGAUUUUCCACUACCGCACCAAUCUGUGUGAUGGCACUCUGCUGGAUGACUCCCGGACCAUGGGCGGGCGUAGUAAACCCAUGGAGCUAAUCCUGGGCAAGCAGUUCAAGCUGGCAGUAUGGGAGAGACUGAUCAUCACCAUGAGACCAGGCGAAAUAUCAGCCUUUACCUGUGAUACUAAGCAUACGGCUCUUUACCCAUUGGUGUCCCAGUCCCUCCGAAACAUUAGUGUUGGUAAAGACCCUCUGGAGGGACAGAGGCACUGCUGUGGCAUUGCUCAGAUCCACUCCCAUCACUCUCUGGGCAACAAAGACCUGGACAAUCUUCAGGCGCAUCCACAGCCUCUUGUAUUCACACUAGAACUUCUGGAAGUACUGCCUCCAGGAACUUUCCAGCUUGACUUGUGGGCAAUGACAGAUGAGGAGAAAUUGUCUUUUGUGCCUCAAAUCCACGAGCAGGGCAAUCAGCUGUUCAAAGAGGGCAAAAUACCUGAAGCCUCAGAAAAGUACUACAAUGGCAUAGCUUGUCUGAAAAAUCUACAAAUGAAGGAGCAACCGGGUGAUGAGACUUGGGUCAAACUGGACCUGAUGAUCACACCUCUGCUACUGAAUUACUGCCAGUGCAAGUUAAUGCAAGAACAGUACUAUGAAGUCAUUGAACACUGCUCGUCUUUGGUCUUCAAAUAUGAAGAUAAUGUCAAGGCCUUCUAUAAGCGAGGAAAGGCCCAUGCUGCGGUGUGGAAUGAAAAAGAAGCACGUGAUGAUUUUGCCAAAGUUUUGCAAUUAGACCCUUCAUUGGGACCCUGUGUGGCCAAGGAGCUGCGUGCGAUGGAAGAGAGGAUCCGCAGUAAAGAGAAAGAAGACAAAGGCCGCUAUAAAGGUCUAUUCAACUCCAACACAGCGCCUGCCACUGCUACCACAGGUUGACUUUGAAAACAAGUGCAGUAUUUCCACAAAUUUCAAGGAGAACCGUUAUGCCGCCGGACUCUUUGUUUUCCCACCUGAGCCAUACAUCCCUGAACCUCACGGUCAGUAGCUGGUGUCACUACGGUGUGCAGAUGUGUUAGUGCAUUUGAUUCUUUUAUGGCCACUACCGGACUUAAUUCACAACAUCCAACCAAAAAUCUAACUUGGAAGUAUGAAAAACAUUGGCCUGAUGGCUCUAUAAUGACGUACAACUUUUGGCUCAACCUUAAGUAAACCUGUAUAUUUUUUAUCUAGAUGUAAUAUGAACAUGUAUCUAUUUGCCGGUUUUAAAAAUAGCCUGUUUUCGUUUAUCAAGUGUAAUACGUUGGAUUAUGUUACAAGUACAUUAGCUCACUCAUUUCCAAUGUGCAGAGCACACCGUGACCCCCCAAAUGUUUUUUAUAAAGAUAUACAUUUGGAGCUCCCCCCCCGUUGAACCUCAGGGCCCACGGGGGAGGGGCCCAUACCACACUUUGGGAACCACUGAAAAGAACAUCCAAAUGCUGAUGUCCAAUCAUGUAAUCAACUUAAUUUCACUCAUUUUCAUUCAUCACUUUGAUUAAAUCUUCGUCUUCAGGUGACAUUAAGGCUGAUGAUUGUUUAGCUUUUUUAUUAUGUACAAUGUUAUGCUUUUCAUUACAAUGUGGUAUAAUCUACACGCUUAAAAUCUGACAUGUAUUUCUUUAAUAAACACACAUAUGAUUU